AUGCCGGUGCAACGAUAUUCGACUUGCUCCAGGUGUGUAAACUGCGGUCACAUACAGACUGGUUCUUCUUGUCUAUUACUCUCUGACAUAUUAACAGCAUUUGGCGGUGAGUUCCAACCAGGUAUGCAUGUUCCUGUUGAAAAAAAAGGACUUGCAAAUCCUGCUCCUCUUGGGCUUUGUGCGUUUGCUUUUACAAAUUUUGUCAUGAGCCUCAUCAGCUUGAAUACGCGAGGGCUAAGCUUUCCGAAUGUCAUUAUCGGUCCCGCACUUGCAUAUGCGGCUUCGUGCAGUUUAUUUCUGGCAUGUGCAGGCAACACAUUUGGUGCCACGGCAUUUUCAUCUUUUGGCGCCUACUGGAUUGCCUAUGCGAUCAUUAUCGCCCCGAACGGACUUGGUAUUGAAGAAUCAAUCAAAGAAACAGCUGGAGCACUGGGAUUCUUGACUUCCAUGGGGUUCUUCAUGAUGGGAUUUUUCAUUUUUACUACUGUUAUGCUGCUUUGCACGCUCAGGUCCAGCGUUGCUUUUUUCAUCCUCGUCUUUUGCGUUGACAUUGCGUAUUUAAUGCUUGGUCUGGCUUAUCUAUUUCCUCAAAACAACGCAGCUAACGAAUCUUUGGUCCGAGCUGGAGGGGUUUUUAGCUUGGCCUCAGCUUUCUUGGCAUGGUAUAAUGCAAUUGCUGGAUUGGCAGACGGCUCAAACUCAUUUUUUGUCGUACCAGUUGUGCAUUUUCCAUGGUCUGAUAAAGGUAUUCGUGAUCGACGAAGGGAGAAAGUCGCGCUUACCCAUGCGUGA